GUAAGACGCCGCUUCGCUGGACCAUCAGCCCGGGGAUCAACUCGCUACUGGGUGUGCAGGCGCCCCCGGUGGUGGCGGCAGCUGCCGCGGCCGCCGACCGUGUCGGUGCGACAUUGGAGGAGUCGCUGGAACUCCAGGAUCUCGAUUCUGAGCCCUUGCAGCGGAAAUGCCGGCCAGACGACCGGGCCGACUUCCUUCAGCGGCUGCAGAGCUUCCAGCCUGCCUGGUGGUUUCAGAAGCCCGCGGGAAUCUCCCCGUUGGACUGCGCGCGCCGAGGCUGGGUCAAUACAGGCCUGGACAUGCUUCGCUGCGACUGCUGCGCAGAAGAGCUCAAGAUAGAGCGUGUCGAUGGCACCUGGCUUUGCAAUGGAAAGCCGCUGGGAUCUGAGUCCGAGGUUCCGAGUGCGGCUGCCUUUGCCGAGGUGUUGGAGCAGGGCCACAGCAGCUUCUGUCCCUGGAGGAGCUCCCAGGUCGUGCUGAACGAUCCGCUGCGUGAGUGCGACCAGGCCGUGGCCGACGACGUGGAGAAGCGUAGACUCGGUCUCCUCAAGGGCCUCCGCCACAUCCCCGUGGUUUCAGCGGAAGGGAAGGAGGUCGAUGAUGCUGCCAAGGCACUGGCGCUGGCUGGCUGGGAGUUCUACGAAUCACCCGAGGAUCAGACCGAAAUGUUUCGAUGCUACAUCUGCCUACGGACGCACUCGGUCUUCGCCUUCCUACACCGGCCGGUGGAGCCCGAGGAUGCAGGAGGGGGCGGAGAGCCUCCCGACAAGAAGCAGCGAACACGGCCGCCUCCCGAGGUGCCAUACUCGAGCGCGUGGACGCCCGAAGUCCGAGUUACAUCGCCCCAAGCGUCGCAGACUGAUGCUACGACGAAAGGUAUGUUCGAUCCCUACACCUCCCACCGCUUCUACUGCCCCUUCUACUGCCGGCCCGAGGGGCCGCUGAGCCCGGCGGCCAAGCGACUGCUGGACGCCCCGACGUCGCAAGCACCGGGCGGCGCGGCAUUGACGAGUCGCCCCAGUGGCGAGCCAAAGGUGGCAGACACGGCCGCGAGCUUGUUGAAAGCCCUGGAAGAAGUGCUUCCAUGGAAAGGGGCGGAUGGAGCCUAG